CAGCUGUAGGCCAAAAAGGUUUUGAGUUUGACUGAUUAAAAACUCAAAAAAGAAAUAAUCCAUCAAUGCCUAGCCAUCUGAGAAGUUUCUGACAGUUCACCAUGACUGAGAUGGGAUGUAAGAAGCCCAGUGACUGCACCGUCUCCAGACUGCUCAAUGUUGUGGAGAGCGAACUUCGAGCUGGCAGAGACAAAGGGGACCCAACUGAGAAACAGCUCCGGGUUGUCUUGGAGGAGGCUGCGCUGUGGCAGAGGUUCAGGGAAGUCACUAAUGAGAUGAUCGUGACCAAGAAUGGCAGAAGGAUGUUCCCAGUUUUAAAGGUCAGUGUGUCUGGCUUGGAUCCCAAUGCCAUGUACUCCUUCCUGUUGGACUUUGCCCCCACUGACGGACACCGCUGGAAGUAUGUGAACGGUGAAUGGGUGCCGGCAGGGAAACAAGAGCCACCAAGCCACAGCUGUGUCUACAUCCACCCCGACUCUCCCAAUUUUGGGGCACACUGGAUGAAAGCCUCUGUUUCCUUCAGCAAAGUGAAACUUACCAACAAGCUCAAUGGAAGCGGGCAGAUAAUGCUGAAUUCCCUGCAUAAAUAUGAGCCUCAGGUUCACAUUGUUCGCGUGGGAGGCCCACACAGGAUGGUGAUGAACUGCUCCUUUCCGGAGACUCAGUUCAUAGCUGUCACUGCUUACCAAAAUGAAGAGAUAACAGCUCUCAAAAUCAAGUAUAAUCCCUUUGCCAAAGCUUUCCUGGAUGCGAAGGAAAGAAACCAUCCCAAAGAUACUCCCGAAAAUGUUUCAGAAGGUCAACAUAUGACUUAUUCUCAUUUAGGUGGCUGGUUGAUUUCCAAUCAAGAUGCAGUGUGCGCAACUGGAAGCUCUAAUUAUCAAUAUGGAGGAGCUUUGUCUUUUCCCGCUCCACAUUCUCACCAUGGCUGUGAGCAUUAUGCGGCUCUCCGAGGGCAUAGGGCUGCACCAUAUCCUGCUUCGUACAUGCAGAGAAAUCACUCCCCAACGGUGAAUUUGAUAGAGAGCUCAAGCAAUAAUCUGCAGAUGUUUCCAGGGCACGAUAGUUGGACUUCUUUACCAUCUACUCCACAUGCCAACUUGCUUUCAGUACCACACACCAAGGGAGCUGCCACUGCUGGUCCAAGCCACUAUCCAUGUCUGUGGACUGUCAGCAACAGUGCCAUUAAUGUUGCCAACCCGGGGAGCGACAUGAACGGCAGUCCUCCAGGCACGUUUGUGCGAGGUAACAUCCCUUUGUCCACCACACCUUCAUCUGCGUCGAUUCCUCUGCAGGGAGCAGGCACUGGCAAUGUGGAAACACCAGGGGAACUCACUCUUGCCAGACUAGCUGAUUCUGCUUGGACCUCCUUGCAUUCGUUUUAAUAGGCAGGAAGCUGUUGAGGAAUGUUCAGCAGCGUCCAAACAAGGCUGACUGGACAAGAACACCAUCUGGGAUCACAGUUCAGAGUGGGGAGGAGACAUGCACACAAGGAACCUGUUUCAGCGAUGCACCGGAUUCCAUAAAACACCUUGCACCUCUUCACUUCCAAAGUGGACAAUAAAAGACUGAGUCAAGAGGUCUGGUGCAAAGGUAGGGGAACAGUCAGAGGGGAGCUAGCUUCUGGUUGUAUCAUUCAGCGCUACAGUAGACAAUAACCGAUCCGUCUUUAGAGUCACCUUUGCUUCCACGUCCAAAGCAAAGGGGCCAGCAAUUCAGGAUCCAGUGGGAUAGAAGUGGACACUGGGUCGUUGAAUGGGAUUUCAAAGGAAUAUACAUUUCAACUUAGGCCAGUGUUAGCUAACAGGGCGCUCAUAACAGUAACCCAGAAACCAUGACAUCCCCCUACUGUUCCUGAGGAGUGUAUUAAAGUGGAAAUGCCCAGAAAUGCCCUCACAUUCCUAAACACUUGUUUUAUGAAAUUCUUAAAAUUCCUCAAGCUAACUUCCAAUGUGGAAGAAAUUUCCAUCAGCCUCCCUAAGGCCCUCCCCCUGGUUCACAUGCAUAGGGUGUUGUUCUUCCUUCCUCUACUACAGCUAAUAUUGUAGCCUUUGUAUGCUAUAAGAAAACCUAGCAAGACUGCUAGAAAGUUGGCUGCAUUGCAACGUUGGGUGAAGUGGAUCCUACAGUGAGUUUGUAAAGUGAUGUAAAUUCCGUGUGUCAUAUUUAUUGUUAUUUUUGAGCAGUUACAAAAAAGGAUAUUAACCUUGUAUUUCCACUUUGCUUCAGGGUACAGGCAAAGUAAAAAUAAACAAAUGAUAUGGU